UGCUAAAGGAGAGAGAGAGAGAAUCAGCGGGAGGGGACGAUUGUAUCUCGUAGAAGAAUCAGGCUGGUUGUUGUUAGUGUUCUUUCUUGAAUUUAACCAACCAAUGGACGAGGCUGAAUUUCAACGCAUUCUCAACCUUUUCCCAGUUGUUCGUUCCCGCGAUUACCAUGCUGAAUCAACUGGAGGCGCAGGGGGGAACGAGUCAAGGGAAUGGCAAGAUUCCUACUAUGGGGCAGGUGGAAGGGGAGCUGAGAUCCAAGAUAGUGGUAUUUUUUGGGAAAAAUUAACGCUGGCUGCUGAAAAGAAGGUGGGCAAAGUAGAGGCAGAAAAAUUUUGCAAGGCAUUCAAGAGAAUUCACAACCAACUGGUGUACAAGGAACUCAGUUUAAAUGCAGCUAGAAGUUUUGCGACCUCCGAUGAAUAGUUUGAGAAUUAUCAGUUUUCAAAUUUUAUAUGAAGACUUGAAUCACUGAUGUUAUGAGUGGAAUUUUGUUCUUUUGUCUUAUGUUGCAAUGUACAAGAAGAAAUUGUUCUAAAUUGAUUUAGAGGGUUGUCCUCAUUUUAAAUUUAUCGGCCCUUUCUCAAA